AUGACCAAGGAGGUGCGGUCCCGCGUCGACUCGGCCCUGGACGCCCUGGAAGCGGUCGGGACGCAGCAGCAGCCGCGGCCGCUGGACAACCCGCUGCUCUGGGGCAAUUACGAGGUCCGCUACACCAGCGUCGCGCGCUCAACAGAGGCGCAGCAGCGCGGCCAGCCGGCGGGCGGGCGGUUCCGGGGGCGGAUCGGGCGCGCCCUCUUCCAGACAACGGGCGUCUUCCAGUCUGUGCUGCAGCCCGACAUUGCAACCAACAAGGUCGCCUUCCGCCUGUUUGGCCUGCUGCCCGGUUACGUGGGCCUGCGCGGCCGCGUAGAGCCCGUGGGUGACGGCGGCGACACUGUUAAGGUGUUUUUCGAGCCACCUGUGCUCUCGUUUGGCGGCGCGCUGACCCUUCGAAUCGGCCCGCCCUCUAGUGUGCAGCUGGCCACCACCUUCCUGGACGACCGCGUGCGGCUGGGCAAGGGCAGCAGAGGGUCCCUCUUCGUGUUCGAGCGCAGCGCAGCGGCGGACGCAGCUGCAAUGGACCGGGUCGGACUUGAGCGCACCACGCCGGCUGGACUGGCAGUCCUGGCUGCCGUCCUGGGCGCCAUGGCCUGGAGCGGCUGGACUCUCUUCCGCACGGGCUCCCUGCCGCUGCAGCUCGGCGGCGCUGCGCUGUGGCUGGUGACCGCCGGCAUCGCGCUCGUGGCCAGGCAAGGAGGGGUGAUAGAGGACGACGAAGAGGUCCAGGAGCGGCGGCAGCAGCAGCAGCGGCAGCAGCAGCAGACAGAGGGGCAGCAGACGGCGGCGGCAGGCGGCAAGCAGGCGGCGGCUUGA